AUUGGUGAUCCAGCCUUUGACCAGAAUUCCAGAAGAGAGCAUUAUUUUGUUCUCAUCAUUUCAGUUUGAUGAUUGUUUUAGCGGCAUGCAACACGAAUUUGAAGUCUCAAAUGAUGACGUCAUCGUUACCAUUGAUAAUAAUCAUGGGACAGGAAAAUGUUUGUCAGAAGAUAUGGACGCUCGUUUUAAUAAGCAUAGUUUCCCAAGCCACUUCUGCUUCUGCUGUACUUGACACAGCAUGUCAGACUGAACCUUCACUAGAGAGUCUUUGCGGCAGCAUUAGACUACCCGGAUCGGGUCAGGAGAUUCAGUUGGUCCCGGUGCCAUUACGUAACAGCCCCCAGACGCCCCUGGCUUUACUGAAGUCUUUUGGAACAUGGAAUUUUGUCUGCACAUAUCCAGGGUCAGUUCCGUCCGGCACCACGGUAAAGAACGAAAACAAUUUAGGAACAACGACUGGGGCCACUUCUUUGAGGAAUAGCGCCAUCACAUCCUACCCUACAACAUCAUCAGAACUGUCUACCAUUGCUGAAACUCUCAUCACAUUGGAUCGAUCGCGUACCCCUUCAGAGCCCGGUGUGGUAGUUGGUGGCAAUUGGCCAUCUCAGAGCACCCCUGCCACUACGACACCACACGAUACCGUAGUGACAACUGAUACCGACGAACAGUCUCCAAGCACUUCAACCCAUACCACUAGAAGAAUGUCUGCAACGGAAGCAGCGUAUGUGACCACUGAUGCCAGCGGGUCACCUCAAAGCACUUCAGUCUAUGACACUACUAGGACAUCUACACCAGAGAGAACUACCACAGAUUUGCCUGAAUCUACAACUUCUUCUGGAAGAUACAGUACAACAACUGAACCGAUCGAUGUGACCACUGAUGCCAGCGGGUCACCUCAAAGCACUUCAGUCUAUGACACUACUAGGACAUCUACACCAGAGAGAACUACCACAGAUUUGCCUGACUCUACAACUUCUUCUGGAAGAUCCAGUACACCAACUAAAACGAACGAGGUCACGACCGGUAGUUCCAAUGCACCCACCACUACUACAGGACAGUUCGGUACACAAGCGUCAACGGCGAAGACCACGACUGAUGAGGCCAGUACUACUGCAGAACAAACCACUGAGGGGUCGACCACAUCAACAGGGACGUGCCCUUCCGGUUUUGUCUCGUUCGGGGACAAGUGCUACUUCUUUCCACCGGCUCACCUGACCUCCUACAUGAACUACGCCGAUGCCGAGGACUUCUGCACCGACGUCGUGUCCGCCGGCCUCGCCGACGACUCUGCAACACUUCUGACUAUCAACAGUCUUGAAGAGAACCAAUUCCUCAUGAGCCAUCUUGCCGGAGUUCAGGACACCGUGGAUAUCGUCGGCAGUGAUGGCGUUUGGGUGGAUUGUGAUCUAAAUGGGCGUUUCGACUGCAAUCUGGAUUAUGAUUCUCUUCCGUAUUAUGAUUAUUACAGUGGUUGGGAUAAUCUCUACGUCAUCCUGUCUCUCGACGAUGGGCUCUGGUACAAUGAUUGGGGCUCUAAUUUGGCUUUCGUUGUCUGUCAAAUCACUCAAGGCGUAGGCCUACUGCAGGUUGGUACAUUUGUACUCUGA